AUGAGUUACACCGAUCUAGGGCAGUGUUGGCGUGAAGAUCUAGAAAUUCCAAACCUGAGGGAACUCUCUCACGCCCUCUACAAGGAAAUAAAGCCAAUGUAUACUUUAUUACAUGGAGUGGCAAGGUUUUUCUUAAGAAAACGAUAUGGAGAUCUUGUACCGGAAAAAGGAUUGAUUCCUGCGCAUUUAUUGGGCGAUCUCUGGUCACAGAACUGGGAACCACUGGCUGAUCUAAUAACGGAGAAAACAAUUGAUCUCGAAGCCAGCAUUAAUGAAUUGAAAUGGACGGUCAUCAAAAUGAUUAAAAUGGCAGAAGAUUUCUACAGAUCCCUGGGUCUGCCAGAUUUGCCAGAUUCGUUUUGGGAGAAGUCUGUAUUCUCGAGAAGGACCUACGAGAGCGCAAGAUGCCACGGCAUGGCGGCAGAUAUGUACAAGCAGGAUGAUUAUCGAUUAUUGUACUGCUCGGAAACAUCGCCAGAUGAUUUCCGCAUCAUCCAUCAUGAACUGGGACAUAUACAAUACUACAUGGCCUAUGCACAUCAGCCUACAUUAUUCAGGCAAGCAAACUCAGCUCUUCAUGAAUCAAUAGGCGACGCAGUCAUGUACGGAGUUAUGACACCGCAGCAUUUACAUCGACUGCGUUUGAUAAACGAUUCCAUGCUUUAUACAACGGGCAAUGACACUCGCGAUGACAACGUUGUGGAUGACCAGGAUGGCAUUGUUAGCGAGGAUUUUGGAAUGAAUACUGAUAUUACGAACACGUCGUCAGAUAUAAUUCUCCUCCUCAAACAAGCGCUGAACAAGAUCCCCCAAAUACCCUUCGCGAUCCUCAUUGAGGAAUAUCGUUGGCGGUUUUUCGAAGGCGAUAUCAAAGUGCACUCUCUGAACAGCGACUUUUGGAUAAUGGCUUCGAAGUUACAGGGAAUAAGUCCCCCGGAAGAAAGAGAUGAGAAGUAUUUUGACAUUGGAGCUAGGUUUCAUGUACCGGAUAAUACUCCUUACAUCAGAUACUUCCUAAGCAGCUUCCUUCAGCAUCAGUUAUUCGAGAGCCUUUGUAAAGCUGCCGUGUUUGGUCGUCGCGACAUAUCCGAAGCACUUCCCUCUACGAUUCCAUUGAACCGAUGCGACAUUUAUGGAUCUAAGACAGCUGGUAGACUUCUGAAAGAUCUGAUGUCCCGAGGCCAUUCCCAGCACUGGCGCGAAAUUCUACAAUCAACAACUGGCAAAGAUCACGUAUCUGUGCUUCCUAUCAAAAGAUACUACCGCCCUCUAUACAAAUUCUUAUCGAAACUCGUUCGAAAAUACCACAUCCCAAUGGGCUGGUGACUUAGCUCACGAUUGAAUUAAUCAACGACUUGUAUUUGAAUUGAGAACGUAUUUUUCUUAUUUUUUUUUGAAAAUGUUUGUUGAAUUUUAUAUUUAUUAUUGUUUAUUGUAAAUACAUUUUAAGAAACAGCAUUUCUAGU